UAGUCUAGUUUUACCAUGCUUGAGCUAACUUUUGUUGCAGUGUGUGACAAUGGUGGCGGCGGUAGCAGGUGUUAUCAGGAGGAUGUGGUGGCUAAUUUGUUAGCAUCACCUUUUUCAAGACUAACUUUCAACGAUAAGUUAAAUAUUGUCGAGAGGGGGAAGAUUGGUGCAACUCGUCACUUCCUGUUGAACAUUUGUAAUGUAUUUUUUGUUAUGUCGGACCCCAGUAAGACUAGCUGUCGGCUUUGGCUAAUGGGGAUCCUAAUAAAUUAAAUCAAAAACUAGUAAAGAGCUUUGAAAGGUAUUUUCAAGCUAACAAUUGAGUGUUAUCCGUGGAUGACGAUGUAAGAAAACUAAUAAACUGUACUGCUGGGUUUGUACUCUUCAGUGCUAACAAUAUGUCAACCUGGGCCAGUACUGGUUUCAAAAGACCUAGACAGUUUUACAAGUCAGCUCUGCAUCACCAAAACUCAACUUCACACCACACCUGCGAGCUAUGGGUAGGAUCCCAGCCAAUCUUAUCGAUGUUCUCCGGCAGAAGAGGCUGAAUGAGAGUAUGUACCAACUGUAUCUGCUUACCUGUCUGGUUUUGACCAUUCCUGUGUCCACAUUCUCCUCACUGAAACGGAUCAAUACUUACUUGAGGAACACCACCGGACCGGCCUGACUGUCAGCUUUGGCUUUGAUCUCAAUUGAGAAAGUACUUCUCUCAGAUUUAAAAUGUAAGGACAAACUACAGUGCCUUCAGAAAGUAUUCACAGCCCUAGACCUUUUCCACGUUUUGUUGUUACAAAUUGGAAUUAAAAUGGAUUUAAUUGUAUUUUUUUCCCAACAAUCUACACAAAAUACUCUGUCAAAGUGGAAGAAAAAUUCUAACAUUUUUUAAAGAUGAAUGAAAAGUAAAAUACUAAUUUCAUUAGAUAAGUGUAAUACAUGUUAGAAUCACCUUUGGCAGCGAUUACAGCUGUGGGUCUUUUUGGGUAAGUUUCUAAGAGCUUUGCACACCUGGAUUGCACAAUAUUUGCCCAUUAUUUAAUUCGUUAAGCUCUGUCAAGUUGGUUGUUGAUCAUUGCUAGACAGCCAUUUUCAAGUCUUGCCAUCGAUAUUCAAGCUGAUUUAAGUCAAAACUGUAACUAGGCCACUUAGGAACAUUCAAUGUCGUCUUGGUAAGCAAUUCCAGUGUAUAUUUGGCCUUGUGUUUUAGGUUAUUGUCCUGCUGAAAGAUGAAUUUGUCUCCCAGUGUCUGGUGGAAAGCCUCCUCUAGGAUUUUGCCUGUUUCUUUUUAGAAAAAGUCCUUGCUGAUGACAAGCAUACCCAGCGCACCUGCUUAGUUUGCUGUCCGUGGUCCUGAAUCAAUAGUUAGGCCUAUGUAUUGCUGAAUUUAUUCCACAACUGUGCGAGUGUGACUUGUCUUUUGGAACUGUUUCUGUGAAAUGAUGUAUGGCUUUUAGGCCUUAUAUAUCACAUGGAGAAUUAACCUAAUUCUCUUAACCUGCUACGUUAAGUUAAGGACAAGGAUUAGGGUUAGCUAAAAUGCAAAAAAAAAAAAAAAAAAUGAUACUUUAGGGGGUGCAGUAGAUGAGGGGUAGGGGGUAUUCCUUGGAAAAAAAGAAUGCAAUUUUUAAAUGCAUUUCCUGCAAUUCUACACAGUUUGACUUAUUUGCCUCUCUUGAGGGGUGUUUUGCUGUAUGCUGUUUUAUAGCUACUAUCAUGCUAUUCUUCACAUUUUGCCAUGAUGAUGAGAGAUUUUAUUUUGCAGUUUUAAAGCUAAUUUCCUGCUACCAAGACCAAAGUAGGCACAUUUGCUAUUUAAUGUGGCAAAACUAUGGUAGAGUUGAAAAAUACAAUAGAAACACAUUGAACAUUACAUUUAGCAUUCGGUAAAUUAAAAAUGAAGGGAAAAAGUAAUCACGUACUGAUUUUUAUCAACAAGUCAGUUUUGUGGAAACACAAUGCUGGUGGGGAAAAUGGGCAUAUUUUCUUUAUGCAGAUUUUUGAAUAUUCGCAUGAAAAUCUGUAGCCAAUUAGAUGGAAAUCUAGCUACAAAGUGUAAUGAAUUCACACUCCAGAACAGUAGGCGAACGCAGCAGGCGGUGGCAUGCCCCCCCAAACGAUUUUUUGCGGACCGCCAUAAUAUCAUAGAAGAAGAAGUCAACGGAAGUGAACGGUGACCAAUAAUCAUUUCCACAUUAAGGUUUUGUUAUUUCAAAGUUUUUUUUUAACACCCUGGAACUCAAUAUGACAAAUUUCACUACACAGCAUCACAUACCUACUCUAGAUAGUGUUUAGUUCGCUUUGGAGACAAGACUUGGUUGAUAGAUGUUAUCUAGGUAACUCUAGCUAGCUAGUUGCUAACAAUGGCUAACUGUAACGGAAUGGUUUUUCACACUCAAAUAGCCUCUAUUAUGGAGGUGCUAGCAAAUGCAGCCGUGGCAGAGAUCUGUAAAGUCGUAGACGACGACUAUGCAGUGUUUCGUUUGGAAAUUUCUCAAAGCCAGAAAGAAAACAGGACAUUGCGGAGGAAAUUACAACUCCUGGAACUGAAGGUGGCACGGGAGCGCACAGAGAGGGCAAUGCGAGAGCGCGUCUUCGCCAGUCAUCCCAGUACUUUCAACAUCCUAGACCGAUACAGAGGAAUGGCAAGAGGUGAAGGACAUCUCACUGGAGGCCACAGGAGCUUUGUGAAGCCAGCGGGACGCAAUACAUGGAGAGAUGACCAACCAAUCACAGUUGAUGAGAGGAGUGGAACCUCAACCCAGCAUGUUAUCGUGAUAGAGUCUGCAGGUGCAGAGGCUACAGGUCCUGGGGUCAAGCAGGAGAUGACUGAAGGAGUGGAAGACCCACGGCACAGCGGAGACGUCCAGACUGGAGCGGCAGGGGGGCCCCCUGUAGCCACGGAGAACCCCACCACCACCCCAGUGCAGCCCAGGACCCAACGCAGCAUCAUGGAGGAGGAGGAGGGUCCAGAGGUGCUGCUGGUGAAGGAGGAGGGGUGUGAGGAGGGUCUACGGAACCCUGAGGGGACCAUGGUCAUGGAGAACAACCAGACUACACCUCCUCCUGAACCCACAGAGGAACCAGCUGAACAGCACAGGACCACACACAGUCUCACUGAGUCAGUAGACAUGGAGGAUGGGAAGCCUCAUCUGCUGCUAGUCAAAGAGGAGACAAAAGAAGACAGACCAGAAAGCAUUGACCUGCUGAGUGGACUAAAGAUGGGGGAGCAAGAUGGUUGGCUGGAGGCUAACAGUGUAGACUGGAUGACCAUCUUGGAUUCCCAGACGAGUACAGCCAAGGGCUCCAGGGAUGACAUCAACAAGCCGGCCUGGACCAGAGGCGACAUAGUGGCGGCCAGUGGAUGGGAAAGCGUCCUUAACUCUGGGCUUGGGAGCAUUGUUCAACAUAACCAGAAACUGACAGUUGAACACAAAACAACAUCUAAACUUAAACUCCAUGACAACAUACUGGUUGAGGCAAGGGUGAGGCGUAGAUUUGGUCCACUGGGACGGGGAGGUGUUCGUAUGAGAACAGACUCGGCUAGCAAUUCUCCGUCCUGCUCCUACAGUUGUGAUUCAGAGAGACUGAUGGGUCCUCAGGUUUACCCCCUAACAGGUUCUGCCUUCAGCCUGCCUUCUAAAGGUUCUAUCAACUUGAACAUGGACCCUGCGACAACACAGACACUCGCUGGCCUUCGUCCUCCUCACACUCUCCUGUUAAACCAGACCUCAGACAAUAUCAGUGCCUCAACACUUAAUGGCUACACAAGUCCAUUGACAAAUGACAGUAGUAGUAGUAACGCUAUCAGCAGAUCCAGUGGAAAAGAGAAGCGCUUCCCGUGUUCAUUCUGUGGGAAAGCCUUCAGUUUCCCCAAACAGAUGGAGAUCCACCAGAGGAUGCACACGGGGGAGAAACCAUUUGGCUGCCAGCUGUGCCGGGCCAGUUUCUCUCAAUCCUCCAACCUGAAGAGGCACCAGAGGGUCCACACAGGGGAGAAACCCUACAGCUGCCCCCAGUGUGAGAAGAGGUUCUCCCGCCAGCACCAGCUGAAGAUGCACCUGAAGGUCCAUACAGGAGAGAGGCCGUUUGCCUGUACACACUGUGGGAAGAGGUUCUCGGAGAGUAGCUAUCUCAGGAUACACCAGCAGAAAAUGCACACCGCCCAUGUAUAGUAAUAUGUAAUGUAGUACUAGUUUAGUUCAUUCUGUUGGUAAUAGAUGUAUCGGGAACUGGAUGAGGUGAACUGAGGAAAGAAUGAGUAUGAUGAGGCAGAGAAGAUUAUAUGAUGGUGUCUGUAAAAAUGCUUCACUGAUGAAGAGUGACAAACUGUGUCUUUAGGUGUUUUAUAGUGAGAUAAUGAUAGUGCCUUAAUUCAUGAAGCAUUGAAGCUGUGUGUAAUGUUGAACCAUUUCCAAAGUAUUCUAUAGUUACUUUCGUCAAAGCAAAGGUACCAGGUUUACAGAAAAGGUCAAUUGUGAGAAGUUUUUCUACUUGUCAUGUAUCGUUUUGUGCAAUAAAUGUGAUUGUAAUGCUAUUUGUUUAAAUUAAAUACUAAAUUGCU